CUUUUAAUACAGAUGCGCUCCUCCAUGCGCCCUGCGUUCAGCGGCGAGCGGACACGGCAGAGGCAGAGCACACAGCACCAUGACUGCACCCAGAAACACCUACGAUGUUAUAGUGGUCGGCGGAGGAAUAUCAGGUUUGAGUGCAGCAAAGCUGUUGAAAGCCAAUGGACUGAGCCCUGUAGUCUUGGAGGCCAGGGAUCGGGUCGGUGGUCGCACCUUCACUGUGCGGAAUAGGGAAACAAAGUGGGUUGAUCUGGGCGGGGCUUACAUUGGACCAACUCAAAACCGCAUCCUCAGAUUGGCAUCUGAGUAUGACGUGAAGACCUACAAAGUCAACGAGCAGGAGAGCCUGGUGCAUUAUGUCAACGGAAAGUCUUACCCGUUUAAAGGCUCCUUCCCUCCCAUGUGGAACCCUAUCGUCUUGUUGGACUUCAACAACCUGUGGAGGACGAUGGACGAGAUGGGCAAGGAGAUUCCCAGAGAAGCUCCCUGGAGGGCUCCCCAUGCUGAGGAGUGGGACAAGAUGACCAUGCAGCAGCUCUUUGAAAAAAUCUGCUGGACCAGUACUGUUCGUCACUUCGCCACUCUGUUUGUCAACGUGAACGUGACCUCUGAACCCCAUGAAGUGUCGGCCCUGUGGUUCCUCUGGUAUGUGAAACAGUGCGGGGGAACCAUGAGGAUCUUCUCCACCAGUAACGGAGGACAGGAGAGGAAGUUUGUAGGCGGCUCCAGUCAGAUCAGUGAGUGCAUGGCCAAGGAGCUGGGAGACCAAGUGAAGCUGCAGUCUCCGGUCUACAGGAUCGACCAGUCCGGAGACAUGGUGGUGGUGGAGACGCUGGACAAACAGAUCUACACAGCCAAGUACGUGAUUGUGGCCACCCCUCCCGGUCUGAACCUGAAGAUGCACUUUAACCCUGAGCUUCCACCUCUGAGGAACCAGCUUAUCAGCCGUGUCCCCAUGGGUUCCGUCAUCAAGUGCAUGGUCUAUUACAAAGAGAACUUCUGGAGGAAAAAAGGUUACUGUGGCAGUAUGGUGAUUGAGGAGGAGGGCGCUCCCAUUAGCCUGACACUGGAUGACACAAAGCCUGAUGGGACUGUACCUGCCAUAAUGGGAUUCAUCCUUGCCCGCAAGUGCAGAAAGCUUUCAGGGCUGAGCAAAGAGGAGAGGUUGAAGAGGAUCUGUGAGAUCUACUCCAGAGUGCUGGGAUCAGAAGAGGCUCUGCAUCCGGUGCACUAUGAGGAGAAGAACUGGUGUGAAGAGGAAUACUCUGGAGGCUGCUACACCGCCUAUUUCCCCCCAGGAAUCCUUACCCAGUAUGGAAAGGUGCUGAGGGAGCCAGUUGGCAGGUUGUACUUUGCAGGCACAGAGACGGCCACAGAAUGGAGCGGCUACAUGGAGGGGGCAGUGCAGGCUGGAGAGAGAGCAGCCAGAGAGGUCAUGUGUGCAUUAGGUAAAAUCCACCAGAGUCAGAUCUGGCAGACGGAGCCUGAGUGUGUGGAGGUCCCAGCACUCCCCUUUGUCACCACCUUCUGGGAGAGGAAUAUGCCUUCAGUUGGUGGUUUCCUCAAGUUCAUGGGAGUCUCCGCCUUCCUGUCUGUUGCCACCGCAGCCAGCCUCAUGGCCUACAAGAAGGGCCUCCUUCCCCGGAGUUAAGCUGCCCACGCCCGUCAUCUCACUCCUCUGCAUCUCAAAGGGGGCAUGUCUCAAUACUGUAUUCUUAUACUUGUAGUGCGCUACUUUAUGGCCCAAACUACAAAGUAGUGAAGUAUAUAGGGUAGUGUUUUUGAGAAACCCCCCGCUUACUUUUGAGCUCACACAAAACACUAAUGCACCAUCACUGUUCACAAAAGGAAGACAAAUAGUGAUGGGCUGAUUAAAAGUUAAGAGAUGCUACAGUAGUUUGAGGAGUGAAGAAGAGUUUAACUUCAGUUUAAAUCUAUAAUAAAUCAGAGAUUCAGAUUGUGAAAUGAAUGAAGGAAAAAUAAUCGAUUUGAGAAAAAUAUAUAUCUAUCACUAUUAAUAUUCCAUACAUUGCCAAUGACAUUCACAUUCUUGAUUACAUGAUGAUUUGUCUUAACUCAUCAUGCUUUCUGUGGGUGUAUGAGCUUGGUGUGUGUGCAGGUGCACAUGCUUUGGUGAGCAUGCAUCUGUGAGUGUGAGUUUGUCACUUGUGUACAAAAUGUGUGUAUGUGUGUGUGUGUGUAUCCAGUAUCUAAUUACCUCUGCUGAUUUUAGGUGCUGAUUUAUUCAGGCCAAGCAGCUGUCGCUGUUUGAUGAGAUCCAGCAACAUCAGAAUAGAAUAGAGUUGUGCCAUGGCCCAUUACAGAAUCACAGAGGAGGUUUAAGGAUAAGCUAUAUAUUUUAUAUUUUUCUUAUUGUCAACAAAUCCCAUGAAAAGAUGAAAACCAGCAAUGAACAGAUCUUUUUAUCCAGUAUUGUCUGUGUAGCUUAAUAUUUCCUUCCUCCGUACCACAGAACUCAAUCACUCCAAAAAUACUGUUGCAUUGGGUGACAUGUUCCUUCAUUACCAUGAACACACACACUGUAGUUUAUUUUUACUCAGUCCCACAUACCAUCCUGCUGCGCCAAACACUUACUAGAGUACCAAAUGUGUAUUAAUUCGCUGCUGAAAAUAGUCCCCAUCUACAGUGCCUAGUUGUUUUAAAGGAAAUGUUUGUAGCCAAUCACCUCAACCAAACAUGUAGGAGAAACUACGGGGCAGCAAAACUCAUGAAAAACAUGAAAGGCCCUAUCUAGAGCCAGUGUUUGGUUUGUCCCUUCUGGGCUACUGUAGAAACAUGGUGGUUCAACACAGCUCUCGCUCCUUCUGUAGAUAAAAAUGGCUCAUUCUAAGGUAAAUAAAACGCAAACAUUCUUAUGAAUAUUAAAUUCAAUUUCUGACAAUAGAUCCUCAUCAGUGUUACAUGCUGGACCUGAAUCCCACUCUCCAACUGAUCUCAAUAGGCACCAGGAACUCCAGCUCUCUCUCCUGUUCUCUCUUUUCUCUGUACAGUUGUAAGCGGCUCAGAUCUUUUGCUCAAGUUGACAAAAUUUCAACUUGUGUGGGUGCAUCAAGUCAAUUAUUGGGUUAUUGUACACCCAAGAAUCAUAAUUUGCUACAAAGGGCUUGACACUGUGCUUAUUCCAGAUAUUACUCACUAGAGUGCCAAAUCCACAGCUUAAAAUAGUCCCUAACAAAUAUACUAUUUACUCCUGUAAGACUUGCUGUACCCAGCUGUUUAAGGAAUUUACUUAAUCUUUUUUAAAAACAUACUAUAUAAACCCCCCCUCCAGUCAGAAAUCAGUGUUUCUCCUUGUUCCUACAGCGUGCUGUCUGAAUGCUGUCUGUACAGAGUUUGACACUAGAAGGAUGUUUUCACAUUCAUCUGCUGAAAGUGGAAAGUUUCUCUGUGCUCAUUGAAAAUCAGAUUUUAAGGGGCGGGGCCUACCAGCAGGAUUUGUGACAUCACAAAUAGUCAGGAAGUCAGUCGUGGUCCAGUAUCAACUUGUGCAGUGUGAUGUAGAAACUUGAAUCCACCAGUGCACAUCCACUGAGAAUGAACUUUACAGUGAAGUAGGAGACAUCUUGUGUCCAGCAGGAAAACUUUAGAAACCAACAACAUUUGUAUAUUCAGAGAUUCUGGAAGUUUUAAUGAGGCAGAAGGAGGAGAUUACAGGAUUUUAAUGUGAAAGUUAUACUUUGUUUGUUUACGAAACAAAUCAGACACACAUUAUUGUUCCAAGCAGAUUAUUUGUGUGUAUAUAUAUAUAUAUAUAUAUAUAUAAUACACGUCCAGAGGAUCUUUAAAGAUUUACAUAUUCAGUAGGAACAAACAGGCUAGGGGCUGACAGUUAGUCUUGAGGGGCAGAAUAAUGAAUUGUUGGUUUUCAUGGGAUUUGUUGACAGCAAGAAAAAGAAUAAGAAAAUGCAUAAGAAGCCUUAUCCUUGUAUUUAGGGGUAAUGUAGUGCUACUAAGCUGCUCUGUUAUCUUUGGGUAAUUGUAACGAAAGCAUUCGAAUGUAUUUUCUUUAGACCAGACAACACAAACUAUUUGUUGCUGAUCAGAUUUUUUGAUUUUCCUUUACUGUAUUAUUUACUUUAGCUGACUACAAGGAGUUUUUAACUGGUUAUGAAGCCAUCUCAAUUUAAUACUGAUGCCUCUAUAUGACCUACAUAAUUGGCUGUUUCUAUAAUUCUUCUUAAUGCCUGCUACCAGGUCAACUCCCCUUAAAAGCAAUGAAACAAGGCUGUAGGAACACUACUGCUUUUGUCCACAGGGGCCGCCAGAAUCAACACAAAAUAAAAGCUUGCAGGGGCUUUAAUGAGUUUAAAAUCACAUAGGAUGCAAUUUUGAUUUGUUAAAGACUUUGAAUUUGAACUUCCUCCUCCUCUUAAAACGAAUUCAAGAAAACAGAUGAAUAAAUGAAGGAUUAUUCCCAGAUUGUGCAGACAUUUGGAGAAACCCUGCAGACAACUCACAUUAAACACUAAUUAAUUGUUGGCCACAUUGUAAGCACUUCGGCAGCACUCUGUGAUGAGUUACACUCGGAUGUCAGCAAUCAUUUGUUCUUUUUUUUUAUGUUUAUGGAGGUAGAUGUGAAGAAAACCAAUCAACAUGUGACUGAAGGGCACUGUGUGUGCAGCUUUGUAUGUCCACUGAUAGAAUCAUACUGUACUCUUCCCAAAGACUGGUGUAUGUGUUUGUGAGUGUAGUUAUCUGUCGUGCCUUAAUGGAAGUCAUAGUGUUUUUGUCAUUUCUCUCAAGUGCCUGUGUGACUCUGACACUCCGCCCCUCUCCCGCCUGCACUGGUGGUGAGAUGUCAGAUGGACCGGGUCGUGGGUUUAAGGCCUCAACCAACCAUCAGUACAACGGGGACCAGCAAACCAACUCCAUGUCCCUCUUAGCAUGUCAUUUUUCAAUGUGCCCUGCAUUACCUGAGUUAUGUCCUCUGUAUAAACCUUACUCAGGUAAGGCUGGGCGUAACAGAGCUCAGACUGUUGGGUUGAUCAAACUGCUUAUCUCCAGUGAAGACAAGCCUGUGUGUGUGUAUUUUGCAUUGUGAUUGCAGUGCUUCACUAUGUGUCUCCCCUUCUUGUGGUGCCCUUGUGUGUCUCUAGUUGCUUAACUUCACCCCAUGUGCACUGACCUUUGAUCCUCCGGCGCUUACUCACCUGCACUGGUUGUGUAUUCACCCAAAACCAACUCCAGAAGUAGCAAUUGGACAACAAUGUCGCUCACAUUUAAACCCGUUUCUAAACGUGUUCAUGUUUCUGACUUCAUUGAACAAACACAGCCAGCACUCUGUCCAUCCUUCCAGACAACAGUUGUAGCACCAUCAGCAGACAUAAUGCACUCAUUAUGUGAACCUUCUUCAUUGUUUUCUGGAGACCUUAGACUGUUCCCCCAACCCUCCUGUGCAUUUGAGCCCCCUUAAUUAUUCCUGUGACCAAUGAUUUGAUGUCUUUGAUUCCUCAAACAAAGCUGGUGAUAUUUAAAAGAAGAAAUGUGAAAUAAAUCUUUUACUCGUAUUAAA